AUGGAGGAGAGGAAAGCCCCUUUAAGUUUUUUCCACAAGUCCUCUUUCAGCAUCAGCAGCCUGCUGCUCCGACACGAGCGGGUGAUGAGUGACUGCGGCGCCGCGCCGGACGCUCCGCGCUCCCGUGUUGCAAAACCACCGCCGCGCUCCCAUCCGUCUCCGAAGCGUCCCAUUCGAGAGCGGAACGAAACGGCCCGACAGGAUAAAAAAGAGCCCGGAGAGGUUGGACAGUCAACAGAUGCGAAAGAGAAGAAGAAUAAACCCGAGAAGCCGCCGUUCAGUUAUAACGCGCUCAUCAUGAUGGCCAUCCGACAGAGCCCGGAGCGACGGCUCACCCUCAACGGCAUUUACGAGUUCAUCAUGGGCAAUUUCCCGUACUACCGCGAAAACCGGCAGGGCUGGCAAAACUCCAUCCGACACAACCUGAGCCUCAACAAGUGCUUCGUCAAGGUUCCGCGCCACUACGACGACCCGGGAAAGGGCAACUACUGGAUGCUGGACCCGUCCAGUGAUGAUGUGUUCAUCGGCGGCACCACCGGGAAACUCCGGCGCCGCCCUAGCGCCGCGUCUCGGGCCAAGCUAGCCAUGAAGAGAGGUGCGCGGCUGUCCUCCGCCACGGCCACCGGACUGUUCGCUAGCUCGUUUUAUUGGCCGGUUCCGCCGUUCGUGACGCUCCAGCAUCCUCACCCGAGUCCCACGUCAGCAGCGCCUUACAUCGGAGCGUCGGUCCUGUCCCAGAGCUCGCAUCAUUUCGGUCCCGGCGCCGAGAGACUCCUCCAGUCCGGUCAAGAGGCGACUUAUUACGGGGUGGGCUGUGAGCAGCGCAGGCACCAUCAGCAGAUGACCUCCUCCUCUCCUCUGACUCUGCCCUCUCCCUGCUCUUUCAAUUUACUCUCCAAUCAGUCGAGCUACUUUUACUCUCAUCAGGUGCCUCACACAGCUGGACUUUCCCCCUGGUCGCAGGAGGACUCUUGCCUCUCCAAAACACCUUCUGGGCAGUUUUUUUCUGGAAAACCCUCUCCUUCUGAUUACAUUGGAGGACUGUGCACAGACAUUCCCAGUUACUUCCCGCAUUUUAACACAACCAGCUCCAUGCACUGA